CCGUGAACUACCCAUCGGCAGCUGCGGAAGAAAAACAACAAAACAAAAAAAAGGCUUCUGCUUGGGGGCUUCUUGUGCGGGUUCCGCCCGAUGGCAGUGGACAACGGGAGCGGUGAAACAGUGCUGCUGGAUCACGCCAGCCCUAGCGACGGCCCUCCGCAAUUUGUGUGUGUUCAAGGAGCCGCCGCCGCCGAUCUGUGAAUUUAGACAAGUGUGGACUGCUCCAGAGUGAGGGAAACCGCCCAUCGUCUGUACCCCGAAGCAACAAAUCCUGCUCCUCACAGAAAAAAAGCAUAAUCGUGCGCUUGGUAAAAAGAAGCAAGGACUGAAAUAUCUGGCAGCGGCCGCCGAUGUCUCCGUUCGACGCGGCGGCGCAGCCAGUGGCCCAUGGAUUGCGACACCCGCCGGACAUGGAUGUAGCUCACCCGGCAAGCUCCCCACCACAACCAGCCGACUUGAGCCUUGCCAAACAUCCUCAAGCUUUCUCUCACAAGCACCCCACCUCCAUCACCCCCUCUACCAUCAGCGCGAUGCCACCCGCCGGUCCCUUCUGCGUUCCAUCUCCACCUAACCCCGCUUUCCCCCUCUCCCCUCUCCCUAUCCUCCCCGGAUUCCCCGUAUCUCCAUUCGGUCCCUACCCUCUACUUUUCCUCGGCCAACGGUGCGAGAAGCAACCCCGAACUCUACCCCAGCCGACUCCACCAACAACGUCGUCACCCUCAGUCGUUCUGAGCAGGUCAACGAGCGGGCGUCCCAAAGGGAAGUUCGACUUCGCCAGGUUAGCCGAAUCGGCGACGAGUACGGACACCGAAGAUGAAAACGACAGGUCUUCGAAGCUGAGCCCACAGCCACCACCGAUGAUGCCGACGCAACGUCACCACCCUUCCGCGACGCUACAGAGGGGACCGCCAGCCAUGGCAUUCCCGCUACUACCUUCGUACUAUUCGUUGAGUGGUGUUGGACUAGGAGGCGACUUCUUCGAAAGGAAAGUAGGACGGGGACGAGGAGGGUCUUCGAGGCCAAAGAAGGAGUUCGUGUGCAAGUUCUGUCAAAGAAGGUUCACCAAGUCUUACAACUUGCUGAUCCAUGAAAGGACGCAUACGGACGAACGGCCUUAUACGUGUGAUAUCUGCCACAAGGCGUUUCGACGGCAGGACCACCUCAGGGAUCAUAGGUACAUCCAUUCCAAAGAAAAACCCUUCAAGUGCAGCGACUGCGGCAAGGGCUUCUGCCAGUCAAGGACCUUAGCCGUCCACCGGAUCCUCCACCUGGACGACUCCCCCCACAAGUGUCCCACUUGCGGUCGAUCCUUCAACCAGAGGUCCAACCUCAAGACCCACCUCCUUACGCAUACAGACAUCAAGCCUUACAACUGUCCCGCUUGCGGGAAGGUCUUCAGGAGGAACUGCGACUUGAGACGUCACGCCCUGACGCACACCUUGGGCAUCCCCGAAGACCCGGACCUCGAAAACUCUUGCAACGCGCCGUGCGCGUCGUCCUCGUCGGCUUCGGGGAUUAUGGAAGACGAAGACGGUGAACUUCAAGCGCCCGACAUCUUGGACGUCGAGAACUAGGUCACAUUUCUCAAUGACGCGACUUUGAGGUGCAAAGUGAAGAGCGGAAGAAUUAAGGGACACAGAAGGUGUAACGUGUCUCAUGCGAUUGAAAUCAAAAUGUCGAAACUGGCAAAUCGUAAUACGUGCGGGAAUAGCCAGAAGACAUUCCGCGUUCAGUGACACCGUAGGUUGUUUGACUGAGUACCCGGAUGCUUUCAACCGCACAAAGUGUAGCGAAUACGAAUGACGCGGUGGUACUUUCGUGCGCAGUACUAGAAGCACACCUCGCAAAUUCAGCAGACUUUCGUUGAUAACGGUACGGUAACGGUACAGUCCUGGAGAACAAACUACUGCUCGUGAUCUGUGUACGUGGCACCUGCACCGACCACUCCUUCGUGUGUCUUAACCACGACGGUCUUAACGUUACUUACUGCUCCAUCCUCCAUUGCUACAAUUUCACAAGAGCGUAGUGCUACGAAUGGAUAAAACAUGAGAUCCAGUUUCCCACGUAAUAAGGCUACGAAAGCCCGGUGCGUUUCUUACAGUAAGCGAUGGCCAAUACACUUACUACCUCUCUGUUAACAAUACAGGACUGUUAAUGUGUGAAGACCUCUCGCGAAGAAAAGCAAAACGCAUUUCUGGUAAUCAUUCUGGACAACACACCGCACCAACGUGCGUUUUUACCAGCUUGGUAACCAACUGUAUCAGUUAAGUGUGUUCAGAACUGUACAAUCCUGUUCGAGCGAACUUUCAAGGACAAGAUGAGCGCUACACGGUGCGGAUCUCCUAAUAUCGAUGACAACCUUUCUUCGAUAAAACUAGUCAACCUAAUUGGUGGUGCUUAUCGAGACGGCACGCCAGGUUUCAGGGGCCCUUCCGAUGAUGUUUAUUCACGUGCGCCACCUGUCGUCAGACGCAAAGAGUAUUUGUCGCACCAAAGUUUCUUCAUUGUAACACGCGAUCGUAUGUGUGAAACACUGUUGUAUGACGUGUGUUGUUAAUUUAAAAAUGGCAUUCACUAUUAAAGACCAAGGUUACAA